CACUGAUCAACUCACUGACUGGCAGCUGGAAUAGAGAGAUUCAAGGCCGAAAAGCAAGCAUGCAGAGACCUGGUCCACCACCACAAAGGCCCUCGUCGAUGAACCCGCUGGGGCCGUUCAACAGGCUUGGGUCCAUGCCUUCCGCAACGACACCGGGCAAUGGGGGCAGCGGCGGCAGCACAGCGUCUCCGUACAUGCCGCGAGCCAUGUCUGGGUCUGCAGGGGCCGGGUCAGGAGGAGCAGGCUCAGCGUCAGGGCAAGGCCCAGCGCCGUCUUCAGGGCAAAGUCUAUCCAGCCCCUUUGCGUAUACUGGCUCAGCGGCAGCGGCGGCGGCAGCAGCGGCAGCGGCAGCACAGGCACAGGCGCAAGCUCAAGCGGCUGGAGAGGGAGCAACAGGAGGGCCAGGCGGUGGCCAAGCACCUUCAGGGAUGGCAGGCGCAGGCUCCAAUGCGUUUGGGAGAAAUUUCCCCUUUGGAGGGCCGAGUACCCAGGCGAGCUAUUCGAAUGCGCCAAACUCGAACGCCAACGCCAACCUGGAUAUCAAUGACUUUCCUGCAUUGGGCAACAGUAGCACUGGUGGUGCCAAUGGGCAACAGGGUCAAGGCCAGCAGCAGACCGCCAACAAUCCGCUCAGCUACGCCAGCCAAGCAGGGACACUGGGUCUUAGUGGUGUUGAAGGCACCUUGGGCAACCGCACCUUCUCCAACGACGACUUUCCGGCCCUGAGCGGGGAGUUGGGAAGCGCCAACCAAGAACAGGUCAGCGCGGCCGCCGCUCUCCAACAUCAGCAUUUGGCGAGAGAACAACAUCGAAGGGAAUUGCUGGGAGCCAUGAGUGGGCGGUCAAAUGGAACCCAGGCCCUAAGUGCUGCUCGUGGGGGUUUUGGAGAAAGAGACCGGGACUACGCUGCGAAACCAGGGAUGGUCACUCAACAACCACCAAGCAUGAACAGCCAAACAUGGUCGUUUGGAGGGCCGAAUGUCAAUGGGAGCCUGGGUGCUGGCGAAGGGACAGGCGCGCUAGCUUUUGGCUCCUUGGCGACUUCUGGGCUAGGGAACGGCGGCGGAGGUGGCAGUAGCGAAGAAAACAGCGGUGCUUCAGAAGCAACAAGGACGGGCCCGAAGACGCCUGCGCACCAGGUCCUCUCUAGUCCAGCUGAUCGCUUCGGGCUGUUGGGCUUGGUGAGCCUCAUCAAAAUGCGGGAUCCCGACUUGAGUAUGCUGGCGAUGGGGAGCGAUCUGCAAACAUUAGGCGUCGACAUGACUGCCUCUGGGGAUCGGUCUGGCAACUUUGUCACACCAUGGGCAUUCAGCUCCAACACGACGGAGCCCGAAUUUCACCUGCCAGCGUGCUAUAAUGUCCAGGCGCCGCCACCGGCGCAGACGAAGAUGUCGGAGUUUAGCGACGAGACGCUGUUUUUCAUCUUCUACAGCACGCCGAGAGACAUUUUGCAGCAAUACGCCGCGCAAACGCUGUACAACCGAAACUGGCGAUUCUAUCGGGGAGGUCUCAACCUCUGGCUGACAAAGGAACCCAAUGUGCAACCCGUGCACAAGGACAGCCGGGCGGAAAAGGGCGUCUACGUGUUCUGGGAUCCGGCCAGCUGGGCCAAGGUGCACCGCGAGUUUGUCCUGGCAUACGAGGCCCUUGAGGAGAGGGGCCCGAACUCGGCUGCCGAAGCAGCGGCAGCAGCAGCCGCGGCGACGAACAAUGGGGAUGUCAGCGGCGACAAUGGCGGCAGCAGCGCGCAGCAAGCGUCUGGGAUCGGAGCGGCCAAUGGAAGCGGAAAUGCAACGACGCCAGGCGGGAGCAGCAGCAGCAACAAUAACAACAACCCUUCGUCGACACCAUUGGGAGCGAGCGCUCAGGCCCAGACGGCUUAGUGAAGGAAGGCCGCAGAUCGGAAAAAAGAGUCCUUUUUCUUCUUUUUGUCUCUGUCUCUCUUUCACUUUGACCGUCGUACCCCGUAAACAAAUCUUCCAGUCUUCCAAUCCUCCUUACUGUGUCCAAAGUCUGAUACUGUGCCGUGCAUCGCAGCUCUUCUUGGCCGUCUGCUGUCUCGCAGCCGCCCGCCUCUGUCAUCCCGAGAUGCCUUAUGCC